AUGGAAGUCGACAACAAGGACAACGCCAACCCCACCAUCCUCAACCCCUCGGAUCUCCCCUCGCGCCGUCAAACCAAACUCGCCACCGACAAGCCCGCCGGCCUCUUCGACUCUCUUCUGCCCGUGCACCCCCUCCCCGUCGACCACUCCUCCCUGUCAUCCGAUGACGAAGAAGACCGAGAGGAAAUCGACGAGCAGGAAGUGUACGACCUCAUCUCCUCCAUCUCCGACCCGGAGCAUCCUCUUUCCCUCGGCUCGCUCGGCGUCAUCACCCUCGGCGAUAUCGCCAUCGCCGCGCCCUCUUCACCCCGCUCUCGCAUCAGCACCGUCACCGUCUUGCUCACCCCAACCACUUCCGCAUGCUCUCUUACCACCGUCAUUGGAUUGGGGGUGAAGGUGCGGCUGCUCCAGGCUUUGCCCCCACGAUUUAGAGUCGACGUGCGGAUCAAGGAAGGCACUUCUCAGACGGCGGACGAAGUCAACAAGCAACUCGCGGAUAAAGAACGUGUUGCCGCCGCUAUGGAAAAUCGAUCUCUUGUCCAGGUCGUGAAUACCAUGCUCGCCACUUGCGAGUGA